GAGCCUGACUGGCUCCCUGAAGCCUCCGGGGCGGCUUCGCCAGAACGCACUUCCGCGGCAGCGGAGGGAGACAAGGAGACGCAGCUGCGAGUGGGCGAGCCCGAUGCCCGGGCGGUGAGGAGCUGGUCCAGAUUAUCUCUGCGUUGUGUGCACAUGCUCCUGUUUCAUCUGAGUUCAGUAAGCUGAUUUUGGAGGAUCAGAUACACUAAAGGGGAUCAGUGGCACAGGGCAGGCUGUUUGGAGAAACUCCUGUUACUUUGAGAUUACUGAACAUUCUGCUUGGGCUGCCAUGGGCUGCCGAGAUGUCCAUGCAGCCACCGUCCUGUCCUUCCUGUGUGGUAUUGCCUCUGUAGCAGGCCUCUUUGCGGGGACUCUGCUUCCCAACUGGAGGAAACUGCGGCUGAUCACAUUCAACAGGAAUGAGAAGAACCUGACAAUUUACACAGGCCUGUGGGUGAAAUGUGCCCGGUAUGAUGGCAGCACUGACUGCCUGAUGUAUGACCGCACUUGGUACCUGUCAGUGGACCAGCUGGACCUGCGUGUCCUCCAGUUUGCCCUGCCCCUCAGCAUCCUGAUCGCAAUGGGUGCCUUGUUACUCUGCCUGAUUGGAAUGUGUAAUACAGCCUUCAAGUCCUCUGUGCCUAACAUCAAACUGGCCAAGUGUCUGGUCAAUAGUGCAGGUUGCCACCUGGUGGCCGGACUCCUGUUUUUCCUGGCAGGUACCGUGAGCCUCUCUCCAUCCAUCUGGGUCAUCUUUUAUAACAGCCAUCUCAACAAGAAGUUUGAGCCAGUCUUUACCUUUGACUACGCAGUAUUUGUCACUAUCGCUAGCUCAGGGGGCCUGUUUAUGACGGCUCUUCUGCUGUUCGUUUGGUAUUGUGCAUGCAAGGCUUUGUCCUCUCCUUUCUGGCAACCACUGUACUCUCAUCCUCCCGGGAUGCACACUUACUCACAACCCUAUUCAUCACGGUCCCGCCUCUCCGCCAUUGAAAUUGACAUUCCAGUAGUCUCACAUAGCACUUAACAGAUAUAAUUAACUGUUCAAAGGGUGUCUUGUAGCCUCACAGCCCACUGCAUAACGAGCCUUCUCAGACCUGUGUACAUGUUUCCUAUGUUCCUUACCAGUCAGUGGAGCCAAAUUUGUAUAUCUUGGUAGAAUGAAAUGCUGCUAGAUUUUAUGAGGUACAUAUUCUUCUAAAUGUGAAACAUUCCUUUUAUCUUGCUUCUAAGACCAGGAGGGUCUGUAGUCCUCCUUGUCGAUGUCUGAUCAAUUACUUACGUGAAAGGACCUGUGAUAACGACUGAGGCAAUGAAAACAGCAUAUUGAACAACGCUGUUUGAUCCUUACCGAUAUUUCAGAUUGUGCAUCGUCUCCGAUGACUUAAAAGUGAAAGGGGGCAGUUUCAAAUUUAAGACAUCUUGGUCGGAUAAGGCUAGUAGUUUAUCUUCAGGACUCUACCAGUUUGAAGGUAUAAUUUUGUUCUCUCUUGGGACUAAUUGAAUAGGCAUCAGUAUACUGAAGAUUACUAUCUUCUACCUCAUUUCAGUGAAAAGUGAAACGCAUUUUAAAUGAUGACAGAGUAAGGCUAACAUUUAAAUACGGUUAACAUUUGACUUUGUUGGUUUCAUACAGGGUCUUGCUGUGUAGCCCUCGCUGGCCUAGAAACCACUCUGUAGACCAGUCUGUACUCAAACUUUCCAUCCGCUGGCCUCCUGAGCACUAACUACAGGCACACCCAACUACGUCUAGUUAACUGAUUAUAUUGCUGGAGUUAAAAAUAUGUCAAGAGAGAGUAUGUUGCUUCAUUCGAAGCAAGAAUUCCUUUCAGAUAUCCCGAGUGAGGUAGUGCUCAUGUGCUGUACAAGCACUUAGUGCCUAGGACAAAUGAGUAAAAGGUCGUUGAAGCCAAAUGGUUGUCUUUUAGACACAAAUGGUAGGGCACAGGAGUCUGUUCUUCAGUGUCAGUGUCAAAGAUUCAUUUGGUGGCUACUAUUUGAGUAGUGGCUUUACUCUGUUCAGUUCCUGCUUCAGGACUGAUUACUUGCUUCUAACACUACCUAACACUUGAGUAAGUACUUUAGAGGAUACAGAAACAGGAGAAGUAGCUGUGGCUGUGUAGGAAUUUUGAUCUAAUACAUUUGAUAACCAGUGGCAAGUCUGACUUUAUGGUAGCUGGUAAACUUGUCAAGCAUUGACCCAGGAAUGUAUUUCACCUGAAACAUGUCUUUCUGACACAGACAGCCUAUGGUACACCAGCAGCAAUAGCCUGGACACUCGAAAUUCACUUUAGUUAGGUCUCCUCCCAUAGCUCACAAGCCAUAAUAAUGGUCUCAGAUCAUGAGAAUGGGCAAGAAAGGAGAGAGAUUAAAUUAUACCCGUUCUACCUCUGAAAUUAAUGAUACAGUAAAGAGGGACAAGUUUUAAAAACAUCUCUUCUGAUGUUAUAUCAAAUGGAUAAAACCAUGUUAGUACUAACAUUUAACUUUGACAUUGAGGGAUGUUGGGUCUUAACUCUUAGGGAUUUGAGCUGCUCAUUAAUUGGUAUAAAGUCCACUUAAUAGCAUUAUGUUUGUAAGGAUUGUAGUAUAAUGGUUUUAGAUUUUUACAAGCAGCUGAUUUUAUGGUAACAGUUUAUGAUGCCUCUUUUGCAAAUCUGAGUAUUUCUAUAGAGAUAUGUAAUACUUUUCCCUAAGUCCAGUACUACUUCAUGUAGGCAAGUAAAUCUAGUUGUAUAAUUUUUAAAUACUGUCAGUACAAAGCAUGCACAUCUAUGGUUUUUUAAAAUUAUGGCUUCUAAUCUUUUCCACCUCUGGUUCUUCUCAUUCAUAAGUAAAGCUGAGUGUUGCUCAUUCCAAGACAAUGGCAGCUGGAAUUUUGAGAUUAAUAUUAGUCUUUUUCCUUUGUUAAUUAAUCUUAGUUCUUCUCUCACUAAACUGUUUUCAAAAGAAUUAAGAAGUCCACCAUACCUUGGUUUUGGUAUAAAGAGAUAAAAAAUAGGGCCAGGUGUAGUGGCUUUUGACUUUAAUACCAGCACUCAGGAGGCAUCCUGACAGGUGCAUCUCUGGAAAUUCUGGUCUCCAUAGCAAGUUCCAAGUCAGUCAGAGCUACACAGUGAGCCGUUGUCUUAAAAAAAAAAAAAAGAAUUAGGAAAAAAAGUGGACUCAGCAAUGAGAAUACUAGACAAUUUUUAGCUCACAGGAUUGUAACUACAAACAUUAAGUUUUCUUAUGAGAAUCUUUUGGCAUUAUCAUCUAUAGCCUCCAGUUACUAUUUAUUAUGAAUUCACUCAGGAAGAGAAGCAGCUGUUUCUGUAUUAUCUUUUUAGUAUUCCAGACUGAGCAUAAAUAGCUGUUUUUUUUUUUUUAAAGCCAUCAAAGGAAAGCAUGUAUUUACAAUCCUUUUGAGUCACUUGAGCACUCCUGGGCUGUUAUUGAGAUGGGAUGGAUAACUUCUUUUGUUGCUAAAAAGCUGUUGAUUUUAAAAGCCAUUUAAGGAGCCAGUUUGGCAAACAACCUUGAAUGUGAGAUGGUGCACAGAAUUUGUGUUGCCCAGGUUUGGGAGAAGAAUAAAUCUGAGAUCCCGAGUUCACUCUGCUUGUACAUACGCUCUGUGAUGGAUAGUGUAUGCUGUAAACCACAAGGUAAAAACCUCAGUGGGUGUGCUGUGCUGCCUCAUGUUUAUUAAAAGAUGUAUUUUUACAA